CUUUUCUCACAAACCCAUUCCAGGAACAGACCACUCUCGGUCGUCACUGUCGCAUAGGGACGCUCUCAAACAACUGAACUAUCUCACACCUGUCGUCCCGCUCUACACCAAGCAAUCUCUCGGCCAACACAAGCUCAAGAAAAGUACAAACACCAUCACCACUGCCAAAAUGCCAAAAGAACGCUCUAUCAACCCCGUCGCCGCUCAACACAAAGCAGACAAGAAACAACAAUUGAAAAAAUCAAAACAAAAUGUCCAAGCCCAACGUAACGAAAAGCUCGCCCGCCGCAACCCAGAACGCCUACAACGUCAAAUAGACGACCUGAAAUCGCUAGCCACAACCCAACAAUUGCGACCAAAAGACCAAGCCACACUCGAUCAACUGGAAAAAGAUUUGAGGGCAGUAAGGAAAGCGAGGGAUGUGUUGGGAGAAAAGGCACCGGCGUUCGCGAAGAGAAGAGAAGGAGGUGGUGUCCAAGAGGGAAGGAAAAGGAGGAGGGUAGAAGAGGAAGAUGGAGACGAGACUGAUGAGGAUGUGAGGAACAUUCCUAUGCCCAAGGAUACGCCGCCGCCCGUGCCGCGAAGAAAUCAGCCUCAUCAGUUGCCGAACAAACCCGCUGUGUCUGCUGCUCCGGUGGUGGCGCAAACGACAUACAGCUCUGCACCUGUGUUGCGCAAUCUCAAGGAAGAGUCGAGAAAAUUCGUGCCCACCACGGUGGCUCAGAACAUUACGCGACAAAAGGGUCAAGGUGGGCGGUUGCUAGAGCCGGAAGAGGCGGACAAGCUGGAAAAGGCAGGCUACAACGAUGCCAGAAAGGUGGCCGAUGAGAUGGAGAAGGAGGCAGAGUUCGAGAUGAUGGGUCGAGGAGAAACAGCUGAGAAGGCACUCAGACAUGUCGAGAUGGAGGAGGUCGAAGACGAGGGCAUCUGAUCCGCUGAUUACGUCCUAGCGACUACUGUAACACGUAUCCAAUUGCAUACCAAUACAGUGAAGCACUGAUUACAUCUCGCAAGUGUAAGGAAUGCACUCACAGGUGCUCGUGGAAGAAAUUCAACAGUAUCAGACGGUUCACGCACGUCUUGGUCAACUGACUUCGAUGUGGCUCUGCCAGAAAGUCGCGACCACAAUG